ACUUUAAGCCUUGCUCUCUUAGCUGCUACAUGUAUGCAUUCCUGCCGUCAGAUGAAAGCGAAGCCUCCUUCUUUCCUUCUCUUUCAGGCUGUACUAAUGCGUUCUUUUACGCAUCCCAAUAUCGUAAAAAUGUACUCAAGCUAUAUGAUAAACAACGAACUGUGGGUUAUAAUGGAGUUUAUGGACUGCGGAGCACUUACUUCAAUUCUCACUAACAUCCGAUUAAACGAAAAGCAUGUGGCGACUAUCAGCAUUCCCAUUCUCUCAGCGUUGACCUUUAUUCAUAGCAACGGGAUUAUUCAUCGUGAUAUCAAAUCGGACUCAAUUCUCCUCUCUUCAGAUGGCAGGGUCAAGCUCUCGGACUUUGGAUUUUGUGCCACCUUGACGCCGCAGUGUCCACGAAGAAAAAGCCUAGUUGGAACACCUUACUGGAUGGCACCGGAGGUUAUUGCACGAUCGCCGUACAACACUUCGGUGGAUAUUUGGUCUUUCGGUGUGCUUGUCAUUGAAAUGAUCGAUGGAGAGCCAAGUCUUUUUAAUGAAACUCCUUCUGUCGCUAUGCGACUCAUAAGGGAGAGGUUUGUACCGCGUCUCAAACAUCCUGAAAAUGUGAGUGCUGAAUUUGAAUCUUCAUAA